AUGGCAGAUCUGGCUGGCGCUGUGAACUAUACCGCAUGGUGGAUUGAGAGAACCAUCGGCCGGGGCAACCCGUCCGAGCCCUUGGCGUAUAUGGGAGCAAGAGAUCUCCGUUACACCACUUUCGCUUUCGCAUGCAUGAAGACCGGGCAUUCAGUUAGUGGUCGUCUGUGCUCUUCCCCUCUCCCAGAAAUUCCGAGACGGCAUUUCUGCAUGUCCUCAACGCGACAAAAUCUUCAAAGUUUUUUCUUCAGCGCAGAGCAGCAGAAAGUCGUUGAACAACUCCAGCAAGCCAAUAAGAACUUGCAAUCAUGGGAGGUUCCUGGUCUGUGGGAAGUGUUCGACAAGAAGGUCGAUUGCUAUCCUUUUGUCAAACAAUACGCGGAUGUCGAGGAUGAGGCACCGAUCAUCAUCCAUAGCUCGGGCACAACCGGAUUUCCCAAGCCAAUUUACUUGACCAACGGAUUCUGGUCUGUUAUGGAUAAUAACUCGGAGCUACCUGUUCCUGAAGGAAGAAAAGAAGCUCUGAUGAACACUGUGAAGCCAGGAGGGCUCUUCUUCAUGAUGGCUCCUUUCUUUCAUUUGAUGGGCCUUGUUUGUUUUGUUGAGUCCAUCUGCCACAACACCCCCUUUUUCUUGAGCCCAGAGAAGCCGAUGACGGUCGAGUUGCUGGCUCGGAUCAUUGAUGAAAAUCACCCUGUGACCAGCCUGCUCACUCCCUCUGUCAUAGAGGACAUUGGAUCAUCCCCACAGGGCCUGGACCUGUUGAGAAGAUUUGAGGUGAUUUUCUUCGGCGGUGCGCCGCUGUCUCCGAAGAUUGGUGCUGGAUUCGUUGCAAGCCUAGCACCCGUGGACAGGAAUGAGUGGGCAUGGUUUGAGUGGAAUCCGUAUGCUGCCGUCGAUAUGCAAUAUGCUGUAGAUGGAGCAUACGAGCUGGUGCUCUGCAGGACUGAAACCCGCGAUUUUAGUGCCAUUUUCCACACGUUCCCUGAGCUUAAGGAGUAUCGGGCCAAAGACCUUUUUGUUCCAUACCCAACGAAAGCCGGUCUGUGGCGAUACCACGGAUGA